AUGGUUUCGUCCUCUAAAAAGCCUCUUGAUGUGGAAUAUGCGGAACAGAUGCAAUGCCACCCAUACGGCACUGCGCUGUAUCGCCCUCAACCCCGCGAUACAUUUCAUCCAGGAAUGGUGGGAUACUUCAACGACGAUGGAGACUGGAACCCUAUAAUCGAUCUUUCACAACGCUCACAGCCAUCAUUCACGCAAUCUGCGUUUACAGCCUCACUCGCACUACCCGAUGAUCUUCCCGCCAUGGCAAUACCAGAGGAACAUACCUGGGGCCCGAAGUUGGGCAAUACCACGCGCGUUCGCCAGAUCGAUCUGACAGCAGGUAUAUCGCAGAGUGCUCUCUUGGCUGCUGCGGGUGUGCCUUUGAGUCUGGGGUCAUGCUAUCGGUUCGAAAAUAAAGAUUCCACUGGCGCGGUUCUCAUUACCGGUGCUCCGAUUAAGCAUGAGCGGUUUUACCACGCGACACCCUUCAAGCGAUGGGUCGCGUCGAAUGCUAAGCAGCUCUUGACUGAGAUAGCUGAGCUGAAAGAUCAUGCGCUGUGGGUUAUCACGAGUAUCUGGACCGCGGAGGAGGCGGCUGUGAACUGCUGGCGGGAACGCCAUCGAGCUGUUGACGUCGGGUUCAACGUCGGUUUUGUCGAAAUCGGUGAACUUGCGCCUAAAGGGGGGCUGGGUUGA